UAUUCAUAAGAUCUACUUUUUUAUUUAUAUAACCCACUUUUAUUCGUUUAUUGUCGAUAUUGAACAUGUAUACCAAAAAUCACGACACACGUGUCACCAACCAUCACAUGGAAACGAUCUAAACACAAAGAAAUGCAAAAGAGACAUUUAAUUAUUUGGUCAUUGUUUCUGGUACAUUGUUGCACGUGCCAUCCUCGUGGAGACCAUUUUGAGGAUACCUCAAAAUGAGUGAGGAAUUCUCUGUGCAGGAUACAAUGUGUACUGUGUUGUGGUAUGUGUGUGGAUAUUGAUGUCCCAUCAUGAAGUUCCACGUGCGCACGAGUUGCGCAGAUGUGUCAUACAACUUCAGCAGCAAAUUGCGUAAAGCGUUGCUUAUGAGACAGAUAAUAUAUACGGAAUAUCUUGAGGAAGUUUACGGCGAAAUGAUCGGGAAAUCGUUCAUCCAUUAAAUUGCUGAUAACUCCGAAAAAUGCAACAAGUUUCAGUUUGCAAAUAAGAUAUAUGACAACUCGGAAUUUCCAUUUCUCCGCGAACUUCCUUGUAUGAAAUAUAUUUUAUAAUAUGUUACGUUAUAUAAUUAAUGCGGGUCGUGCGCUGUAUACAUUGUUCACGAGAAUUUUAGCUUUAAUAUGGAGAUAUUCUGUGACACGCUUAAUCAAAGGUGCCUCUGAGAAACAUGAUUAUGUGGAAGGUGUGGUGUGCAAGCAGGAGGAUAUCAACGAAAAUGAAAUGAAAUUACUACCGCUUGGAGAUGAAGGUGGAAAGAUUUUGUUGGUAAAACAAAAAGGAGAAUUACAUGCCAUUGGUACCAAAUGUACACAUUAUGGAGCGUUAUUAAAUACUGGUGCAUUAGGGAAUGGACGAAUAAGAUGUCCAUGGCAUGGUGCGUGUUUCAAUAUCAAAACAGGUGAUAUCGAAGACUAUCCAGGAUUGGACUCCUUACCAUGCUACAAGGUUUGUGUAGAUGAAGCUGGUCAGGUCCGUGUGAGAGCCAAACGUACAGAUUUAGAAAUUAACAAACGUAUGAAAGAAAUGGUCGCACGCGAUCCUCAAAAUAAGAAAACAGCCGUGAUAGUCGGCGGAGGACCGGCAGGUGCAGUCUGUGCAGAGACUCUACGACAGGAAGGUUUUACGGGACGAAUCAUUAUGGUGUGCAAAGAGAAAGUCGUACCAUAUGAUCGAAUUAAAGUAUCGAAAGUAUUCGAUUUCGAUGUCCAAAAAGCAGCAUUACGGCCAUCUGCAUUCUACAACGACCAGAGAAUCGAGACAAAACUUGGCGUAGAAGCUAUAGGCCUAGAUACAUCCCAAAAUCUUAUUAAACUAAGUAACAAUGAGGACUUGAAGUAUGAUUACUUAUUUACCUGUACAGGCGGUAAGCCGAGAAUGACAGAUCAGUCUGGCAGCGACUUGAAAAAUAUUUUUGUCAUGCGAGAUUACACUGAUUCGCACGCCAUACAUUUGUUACUUUCCGCGGAUAAACAUGUAAUUAUAUUAGGGAUGGGUUUCAUUGGAAUGGAAGCAGCAGCUUCUUGUGUCGGGAAAUGCGCAUCCGUCACAGUGAUAGGGUCCAGUACCGCGCCUCUGAGAACAAUAUUUGGUGCGGACAUUGGUAAUAGAAUCAAAAAGGAGCACGAAGCAAAAGGCGUGAAAUUUAUCAAAAAUACAAUUAAGCAGUUUAUUCCGAAGGAGGGAGGAGAUGUUUUGGCUAAGGUAGAAUUGACAGAUGGUCAGAUUUUACCAGCAGACAUAGCUAUCAUUGGAAUAGGAACCACCUUUUACACAGACUGGUUGAAGGAAUCAUGUAUUCAGAUGAAUGACGAUGGCACUGUAUUGGUAAACAAGUAUCUGAGAACGAACAUAGAAAACGUAUAUGCUGGAGGUGAUAUAGCUUAUGCACCAAUAUAUGGAUGUGACAACAUAUUAGCUGCAAUAGGUCAUUAUUCUUUGGCCCAUUAUCAUGGUAAAAUCGCAGCUCUCAAUAUAUGUGGCAAAGAAACUCCACUAAAAAGUAUACCAUAUUUCUGGACAAAUUUGUUAGGCAAAAAUUAUCGAUACACAGGCUAUGGGAAGCCAACUACCAUAAAGAUUCAUGGCUCAUUAGAUAAUUUAGAAUUCUUUGCUUAUCAUCUUAAAGAUUGUAAAGUGAUAGCAAUGAGCAGUGUUAAUGCUGAUCCUGUCGUGUCAGAUUUUGCAAAUUUGCUUUACGAAGGGAAGCUAUUAACAGAAGAAGAAAUUAAUGCAGAUCCAUUUGGCUGGAUGAGAAAUAAACCAAAGGAUGCAUUAACACGAUUCAAGGAUAGCAUUUUAGUAGAGCCCUGAAUUGCUUUACAAAAAUAACAAUUUGCAUUUUUGAGCAAUAUUGCACCAGUAUUAAACCUAUUUUUAAUUUGUACAUAUACAAUAUGCAUCUCUUUGGAUAAACUUACAUAAUCUAUUCCUUGUCGAUAUAUUAUUUUUUUGUCUUUUAGGAUCAAAUACAACAAGUUAUAAUUAGAAAAAAAAUGUUUAUAAGAUGGUAAAAAGCUUUUUUCACCAUUUGAAGUCUUUAAUGUUUGUAGUUAAGAAAAAUAACUUUUUAAUUUUUG